GCAGUGGUAGUUUUACCGACAGUCUAAAGAUCUAACACACUGCCUUCUUUCCAAUGUGUUACCGCCUAUAGACAGGACUUUACUCAAGUUUAGUUAUGAAAUUGUUUAUUUCUGUUUAUUUUGCCUCUUUGCUGGGAAAUGUUGGGACUGUAACAUGGAGCUCGACAGUUCCGGAAGUUCUGCUUUUCCUCCCGUUUUCUGUUCCUCUUUCAUCAGCAGGCUCACACACUCUGCAGUACCAGUACACUGCUGUCAGAGGAAUAAAUUUCACAGAAUUCACUGCUGUUGGUCUGGUGGAUGGAGAGCAGUUUGUGUUCUAUGACACCAACAACAAGAAGGCGAUCCCAAAGACAGAGUGGGCAAAGAACAUCAGCGCUGAUGAUCCAUGUUACUGGAACUCAGAGACAGAACGUAUGCAGAAUGAAGUUUACAGACUCACAGUCAGAUUGGGUCUCAUAAUGGAGUGUUUUAAUCAGACUCAAGGAGUUCACACACUCCAGUGGAUGCUUGGCUGUGAGCUCAAUGAUGAUAACACCACUAGAGGAUAUGAUCUGUACAGUUAUGAUGGAGAAGAUUUCAUGAAUCUGGAUCUGGAAACUGGAACCUGCACUGGAGUUAAACCUCAAGCUGGAGAACUUAUAAAGAAGUGGGAUCCUACAGACGCUAAAGCUAAAUACUAUAAGAACUACCUGGAGAAUGAAUGUAUUGAUUGGUUAAAGAACCUUGUGUCUUACGGUAGAGAGACUCUGGAGAGGAAAGUUCGUCCCGAGGUGUCACUGUUCCACAAACACUCACCUUCUCCAGAGGUGGUGUGUCAUGCUACAGGUUUCUUCCCCAAAGCCCUGAAUAUCACCUGGCAGAAGGACAGAGAGGAUGUGAUUGAGGAUGUUGAGCUCAAUGAGACAUUACCCAACCAGGAUGGAAGCUUCCAGAAGAGGAGCAUUCUGAAAGUCCCAGCUGAGGAGCUGCAGAAACACAAAUACACCUGCGUGGUUCAGCACAGCAGCUUGGAGAAGGAUUUAAUCCUAGAAGUAGCAAAAGGUAGAGGGCAGAUUGGAGUCAUCAUUGGUGUCCUUGUGGCUCUCGUUGCUGCUGUCGCUGUUGUGUUCUUGAAGAAGAGGAACUCUGGAUUCAGACCUGUCCCCCCCGAACCCUCCUCUGAAGGAGAUUCUUCCUCCAACAACUCUUAAACUGUGGCUGUGUGUCUUCCUGCUGGAGUGAGAGAGAGUAAGACAUGAUGAUGUUUACAGUGUAAUAUGGAAUAAAAAUGUGUGUGUGGAGUGAAAAUCCAGCAGAAAAGCCUGAGCUCACAUUAAAUCUCAGAUCAGAGCUGA